AUGGGGGUCAAUCAGGACCAACUGUCUUACACAACAAACUUCAGUCAAGAGUCUGGGAUGUCUCGGAUCGAGUCUACAGGAUUCUUAAGGGAGAGGGAGAGCAGCCAGAAGUUAUGGUACAUACCAGUAUCAAAUGACAAAGGGCUGCAAGCAGACAGAGGCCUGGAGGUGCUUGUGCACCAAUGUUUGAAGAUGCCUGGACAACUGAAGGAAGCAGUUUAUGGAAAGAUGGAUCACAGGAUGAACACAACUGAGAAUCUGUUCAGCACGUUCAGUGACUACAAUUACGACUAUGGAGAACAGUAUGCCCCAUGUGAUACGCAAUCUGCAAAAACAUUUGGUGCAACCUUCCUACCAGUCCUGUACUCCCUCGUGUUUCUCUUUGGUCUACUAGGGAACACGCUUGUGUUGUGGGCUGUUUUAAAACAUAGACGUCUUAAGAAAUUGACAGAUAUUUACCUUUUAAAUUUGUCAUUGUGUGACUUGCUGUUUGUGAGCACACUUCCUUUCUGGGCAUAUUAUGCUGCAAAACAAUGGAUUUUUGGAGAAGCCUUUUGCAAGAUUGUUUCUGCUGCUUAUGAGCUGGGCUACAUUGGUGGCACAAUGUUCAUAAUCUUGAUAACUGUAGACCGCUACCUUGCAAUCGUUCACGCUGUAUUCUCGGUCAGGACUAGGACUGUUCGAAAUGGGAUCAUUUCGAGUGUAGUGAUGUGGUGUGUAGCUUUGUUUGCCUCUCUUCCCACAAUGAUAUUUAGCACAAUCCAAUCUGAUGGGGAAAGAUAUGUUUGUCAUACUUUCUUUCCACAGGGCAAUGUUUCAAAUUGGAAUCUCUUCAACCUUUCCAAAGCCAUUGUUUUGGGUUUUUGUGUUCCAUUGGCUAUCAUGGUUUUCUGUUACACAAGAAUAAUUCAAACCCUGCAAAAAAACAGAAGCUAUAAGAAACACAGGGCUAUCAAAUUAAUAUUUACUGUGGUCAUUGUGUUUUUUGUAUUUUGGACACCAUACAACAUUGUGAUGUUGCUGGAGUCAUUGAGAGAACAGAAUGUUUUAACUGGCUGUGAGUUCCGAAUAUGUCUACUGAUUGCCCAGCAAGUAACUGGAUCCAUUGCAUUUGUACACUGCUGUCUAAACCCAGUCAUUUAUGCAUUUCUGGGUGAAAAAUUUCGAUUCUAUCUCCAAAGCCUUCUAAAAAGCUGUUUGCCCCCAUCACUGAGAUAUAAAACAGCUCUUCCUUUCAGGGAUUUUACCUCCUCAAUUCGUUCGCAAUCUUCUGCUGAUCAUGACUCAUCCACUUUCAUCUAG